UAUGGCGAUUUAUUUUCAGACGUGUUGACGUUUCGUGUUAAGUUUUCCAACUAAAUUCUCAGUGAAAAAGUGCGUGAAAGUGCAAAAAAAUUGGAGAAAAGUAUCUGUGUGAGUGCCUCCCAAAAACACAUCCCCACGGCCGGAUUUGUGGUGUCGCGCGACCAACUAGUGAACUUAAAAAUUUAAAAGUGAGAAGAAAAUGAUACCAAAAAGUGGCUUUUGUGGUUUUUCCUCCGAAUACCAGAGUCGGGCUACCGCACUGACUACACCAACGAAAAAAACAACGUCUACGACUAAUGGUAGCGUCAAACAUGCUAUCCCAUCUGCACAAAUCACAACAUCACUGAUAGAAAACAUUUUUGAGAGAACCGCAGGAUCGAUGAGCUUUCGGAUGAGUGUGUGAGGAGACAAUGGAGCAUCAUGGCUAUUAUCCGGAUGUGAAUGCCUAUGGCGGUGCAACGGGAGAUAUUGGCCAGCAAAUGCCGCUGCAGCAACAUCAGCAGCAUCAGCAGCAUCAACAGCAUCAGCAUCAGCAGCAGCAGCAGCAGCAGGCAACAGUAUACCCGUUGUCUCAUCACCAUCAUCAAACCUACCAGCAGCCAGUGACGCCACUGCAGCAGCAACCACAGACUGCACAACAGAUCCAAUCGUCGCAGCUGUAUCAUCAGAAACCAACGCAGCAGAUGCACUAUGGCGUCACUUCGCCACUCCAUCGGAAGCACGAUGUUCUGGAUUCCUACAGUGCCAAUGGUGACAAUCUACUCAACUAUUCCGUAAACAGCGGUGAGAGUCCCAGUGGUGCAAUGACCCAAUGUGCUGUAGAUUAUUCUGCUGUGCAGUAUGCUAAGGGUAGCAUUGAGCAGAAUCCCACCUAUUACUACCCCAAAGUUCAGACUGGAGGCUACGACACCACCUACAGCGGCUACCAAAAUUACCAACACAACACAGUGGCUGCAACAUCCAACUACGCCAAUGCAUCCUCAUCAUCGUCCUCCAGUCCAAUCGUUAUAAAUGACUACCCUGAUUCACCCAAGAGCCACGUGCCCAAUGCCUAUGCGGGAGCAAUUAAGUACAAUGGCUACCAAAUGGCAGGAGGAUACAAAAACCCACCGGCAGCUCCAGUUGCACCCACACAAUGGACAGCACCUGCACAAACGGCUCAAGCACCUGCCAAAGAGAUGCGACAUGCAUACAGUGUUGUUCCUAUAAGGCAUCCUUUCGAUGACAACUACACCAGGCAGGCUGUCUACAUGCGUCCUGGGAAUCAUCCCUAUCACAUGACACAGGACUACGGGUAUACGGAGAAGUAUCCAUCGACCUAUUAUAACCACCCACCAACAAAUCACUACAAAACAACCAAUAAUGGAAAAUACCCAGUUAUGGUGGGAACAUCCCAAAGGGCUGUGAGAUCGAUGAUACCAUCUGCUGCGGAGGGUCCUGUUCCAUAUCCAUACUACAAUAUGGUACGGACUGCCAAUGGGUACCAACAGCAACCAACAAAUCAGGUGUACAACCGUCCGGCAACUCAUCACGUAGCUCAGAAGGAGAUGUACGUGGAAAAUGUUCCAUAUGACGAUCCAUACGGUGCUAAAGUAAACUACAACACGACCCCAAAGUACAUUCCACCCUAUGAGGAUUACCAUCAUCAUCACGCCAGUCAUCAUCGUCACUCCACAAGUCAGAUGCCACAGCAACCAGUGAGGAAUUCUGUGAUACCUGCAAACUACCAAGCGCCUAAGAUUGUCUAUCAAGGUGGACGGAAUACCAACGAAAUGUGCUACGCAACUGGGUAUCAGGGAAGUUACCCAACAAAUCAAGCUGCAGCCCUACCAGCUAGCCGGGGUGGGUAUUAUGAAACCCCCCAGCCGUCUGAGAAGUCCUACAUUGACCUCGAGGAGCAAAUUAAUAGUUCGAAAAUCCUUAAAACAGGACGACCACAAAUGUCGGACUACUAUCAGGCAUCACACUACCAGUAUUUGGGUCACAAUCCCCAAGGAGGGGAUCCUUCGUCCGUGCAGGCACCCCUAAAGAAGACCAACGUCCGCGACUUUCUGUCGUCGUGGAAUGAAGAUGAGGAGGAGGAGAAUAAGCAGAGUCACGAAAGGUCUGUUGUACAGGAAAUGACACCUAAUACCGUUAGCUGUAGCUACGGAAAUGCCAUCUACGACAUGGGUAGACCCAAGGAGUACGACACAGAUGGCAAUCCACGAAUUCACGUGGGCAUUACAAUUGAUAACAAUGCCACGAAUCAGAGUAUCAACCUCCCGGAUAUUAUUAUUGACAUUGAGAAACCAAAGCUCCUACCUCCUGAGGAUAGUUCGGUGCUGGUGAAUUCGGAAAAGCUCUAUGUGCUCGAAUCGAUUGAUGUGCCCCUUUCGGAGCUCAACAAGUACAAGCAUUUGAGUGUUGUGAAUAAAUUGCCGGAAAAUAUUGUUCACAUCGCAUCGAAGGGGGAUGUUGAUGGGGAUGGGAAGGAUUUUGCGGCGAGUGUGGAGAAUUCCUUGAAAUUCAUCGAGGAAAUCGAAUCGAAUCAUGAGAAUUAUUUCAAGAGUGACUUCGAGAUGAAUGUGGAGUACGAUGAGAAGGAUGCUGAACCUGUGAAGGAGCCAGCUGCACCUGUGAGUCAGCCAGAGAGGAAAGAAUCUGUGAUUGUGGCAAAUGGAGAGGCCGAGAAGGCAUCCCUUGUUACCACCAAGAAACCCAAGAGGAAAAAAAAGCGAAGAUCAUCGAGUAUGGCAAGUGUUGAGUGCUACCCCAUUGUGCCUCCCAAGAAGAUAAAAACCCUCCAUAAGCUCUGUGUUUCCGUGAUAAAUUCAAAAGAAUUCCGCAAAUCAUAUGAAAAGUAUCUCAGUUGUCGCCGCAAGGAACCAGAACCAGUGAAGAAGAUAAGUUAUCGCUACACAAGGCGCUACUGCCGGCGAGUUCCCACGCUCAAGGAACUCUGUGAGCGACAUUUUAUCCCAGUACAUCAACCACAGAGCCUCAAAGAGAUCUGUGAAGCCUUCAUCUGCAGCCAUAGGCAUCUUUUUGCACUGGAGGAAGUUCCACGGGUGCCACGACUCAGUGAUCUCUGUGAAGAUGUGCUGAAGCUCAAUAAUUUCAUAAUAAAUCUGGAUGACUUCAGUGAGGCACCAGAUGGAGCAAAUAUCUGCUUUGAUUUUAUGAUCUCAACAGGUGCACAGGAGUUCCUACCAAAUCCUGCAAGUCCCCCAACCAUCAUCCAACCCAUAGCAACCGAUGAAAGCCUCACGGCGAUGGAUAAUCAAGUGGAUGCUACCUACUUCUCAGAUGCAGAAACCUUCCGUCUCUUUGAUCUGUGCGAAAGCAAUCAUAUUCAAUCUGAGGAAAUUAUUCCCGUCGAUGUGGCGAGAGAUCGCAAGGAGAAACUCUGUGAGUAUCUCCGAUCGAAAUAUAUCCAGAGGCCACAUCAUGAGAAAAUGUUCUUCGUGAAGAAGAUCAUACGGAAGUACCUGUACUACCAGCGAUACUCAAGAAUUCUCUUGAGAAACUAUCGCAAGGAAAGUCAGUCGUUCACGGAGAAAUCCACAACGAAGAGAAAACGUCUGAAAGUUGAGAAAAAGCGACGUGGGCAGUGUAAGAAAAUUCCGGAGAAUCAUGUGAAUUCCUUGAAUAACAACUACAGCCCCAGAAAAAGUGGAAGUGAGAGUGAAGGACGCGAGAGGAAGUUACCAGUUGGACCGCUUCGACGUGAAACGUCUCAAGUGGUGCAGCAAAUGAGGAAGAACUCCGUGGAAUCUCAGUGUGUUGCUAAAGAUCUCAAGCGUGAGCACAGUAGCACAUCGCAGGUGAAACGAAAAUCAAAUCCAGAAUCCCGGAAGAGGCAUAGAAAGCUCAAUUUCGACGAGAUGCUGCUCAAUAUUGAUUCGUAUUACACAAAAACAAUCGGAAGAAUCAAGUCCAGCUCCAGAGAUUCAGAUUCAAGUAGUACAAGUAGUGAAAGCUCCCGGAAAAGUAGCUCAUCGGGUAGUUCGAGUAGCUCAAGAAGUUCUUCAACAUCCUCAUCAUCCUCCUCAUCGUCAACCUCGUCGUCGUCAUCAUCAUCAUCGCGAUCUGCCACGCGUUCACCCUACGUGAAGCUCGAAAGGAGUGUCCUCAUCGAUAAAUUGGGCAAGAUGUAUACGUAGCACUGUCCCCAUAAUAGACUUCAUCAAAUCCUAUUGGUGCCUGCUCGAGGCUUUCUCCUGCGGUAAGUGAGAAGAGUCAGAGUACAAAAUAAUAAAUUCCCAUUGCGGUAAAA